AUAGCAAGACGGACUAUAUAGUGUACAGGAAAAAAGGCUCUUCAAACGCAAGGAAAAGAAAGACAAUAAACAAUCGAUAAUGGUAAAAACAAAAUUGGAAGUGCCACCCGAAAUUUUUUUGGUCCUCUUUAGAUUUGAAGUGCGUAAAAUGGAAGUAACGACUUAUGGGAAUAACAAAUGAUCUAAUACCAUAAAAUUUCAGGGGUUCACUUCUCUAUAUAUUUACAUAUAAGCAUCUCCACACUCCAAACCAAGGCAAAGAAAGGCUAUCAUCAUCAUCACUAGCCAAAGUAACCGAGAAAGAAAAAACCUCCUUUCAGUGAGUUAAUUUUAUUUAUAUUUUGUAAAACCUCCGUACAAGGUAAUUAAAUAUUAUCAUUGGGAGGUUGUUCCGGCCAUGGAAGGCAGGAAGACCAAGGGCAGCCAAAAGAUUGAAAUGAAGAGGAUUGAAAACCAAGAUGAUCGCCUUGUUACUUUCUCGAAAAGGCGAUCUGGUGUGUAUAAGAAGGCCAGUGAGUUAGCAACCCUAUGCGGCGCUGAGGUUGGUGCGGUGGUAUUUUCACCCUCCGGAAAGCCAUUUUCCUACGCUAACUCCUCCAUUGACUCAAUAGCCAACCGAUUUCUAAAUGGCCACCGCCACCAUCAUCAGCACCAUGAUAAUAUUAAUGAUGAUAUAAUGAAUAUUGAUGCUCUUGAUCGUAGCCGCCAUACUAUUGUGGAGGCCUACAGGCAGGUAAGAAUCGAUGAGAUGAAUAAGAAACACAACGAGUUGGUGAGCAAGCUAGAAGUUGAGAGGGAGCGAGGGAAAGCGCUUCAAAAGAGGAUGAAAGCAAAAGCAGAAGAAAUAUCAUCAUCAGCAGAAGCAGGUGGAAGCACUGGAAGCACUGGAAGCAGCAGCAGCAGCGGCAGCAAGAGCCAGUUACAGGGCUGGUGGGAGGCUCCUUUUGAGGAGCUCGACUUGAUAGGACUUUCGUUCAUGACAUUUCAAAUUUUGGGGUUUCACAAAUGGAUUUUGCAUUUUGAAGUUUCUCAUUUUCUAAAUGAGUUCGCAUUUUUGGGUUUCGCUAUGAAUUUUUGCACUUUAGGGUUUCGCUAA